UGAGCGGUGCCGGACAGCGGUGGGCGGUGGGCUGAGCCUGCUGGGCACGGCGGGCUGCGGGGAGGAGGAGGAGGCAGGAGAGGAGGCGGCGGGGCAGGGAUGCUGCGGCUGAGCGCCCAUCUGCCUAAGGAGAGCAACAUCGUGCUCCGCGGGGAAGGAAGAAAGUGGGGGGAAAGCGGCGGAGCUGCACAGAGCCGCUGAGCUGCGCCAAGGACUGCCCGCCCGACACCCAGCAAAGUUUCCUGAGCUCGGUGACAAGAGGGGAGGAGGGAUGUGAGAUCCUUCUGCCCGCAGCGUACAGCUGGGCUUCCAGCCCCGGUUCUGCUGGGACUAGCCAUGGCUUUGCCAUCCCCGACUGAAGGGUGAAGGUGAGACCCGGGGCAGCCGCUCUCUCCAUCGCCUUCCCCGGCUCCGCGCUCCAGCCCAGGAUUUCAAGGCAACAGGAGACUGGAAACAGCCUUCUCAACACAGCAUUCACCCUGUGAGGACUGAGGUGAUCUCCAAGACUCUUCCCAGCAUGCUCAGUGAAAAGAGCAGCGCCUCUUUGUCCCAAAAACCCACCCAGAAGAAGACCCGACCCCAGGGCCUCCCCUCCCCUGCUCUCUGCUGUGCCUGUGGACUCUGCAUCAUGCUAGCAGGGAUCAACAUCACCCUGGUGGGAGCAUUUGCCUUUGGGACCUUCCUCCCUGUGAACAACCCUCCCAUCAUCAUCGGACCCAUCUUGCUGGUGGUGGCCUUCACGUUCUUCGGUGCCUGCUGCAUCUGCAGCCGCAGGCCCCCAGCCCACGGGGCCCGCAAAUCCAAACCAGGCUCUAACAUUGGCCUCAUCAAACCUGGCAACACAGCCUUUGAAAUUGAAACCAGCGAGCACACGGUGCAGGACACCACUGCUGUCCAGCUGAGCCCCACAAAUUCCCCCAUCUCCUCCAAAAAGUCCACACCGGUUCACGAGAACGCCAAGGCUUGCAAACUCUUCACCAUGGAGGGCAAUGGGCCAGUGGCCAAAUACACCACAGGGGGAGAGGCCAUACAGCUCAACCUGCCCAGGGACCUGGCCACAUCCUAAACCCGGGCAGAGCUUUUGUCAGCAGCCAGCCAAACGCUGCAAUGAGCGGGCUGGAGAUGUACCAUCAGUCAGAGGUGUGGGGAAGGUGCUUGUGGAAAGCCAGCAGACAGUCAGGUCUCUCUGAACCACUUUAAAAGAGAUGGAUGGAACAGCAGAAAGAAAAAUAAUCCAGAUUUUUUUCUGAAACAUGCCCAUGAUACAGUUUUAAAAUGAAAACUGAUAAUGAUGCUGCUGUGAAAAGAUGAUCUUGGUUCCUGGAAAUACGCUGCCAUUUUUGGGGAGCAGAUAGGAAGAAGGGAAUGAAUUCAUAUGUCUGAUAUAAUGUGGAAAUGUGGCAGUUGGAAGGAGAGGCUACAUGGGACUGACAAAUGACAGCUCUUUCUUCUCAGAAGUGAAGCAAUUCUUGGACAUAAAAGAAGCAGGAAUGCAGUAAAUUACAGCUUGCUGCCACUCAGUCACAAGAAGAUUUCAGCAUUUCUAGUGCCAGAAUUUUUGGCAGCAGGGACAAAGCUAUGUCUUUGCUACUGAAAAAGCAGUGUGAAACCAUCUCUCCUCUGCUGAAAAUUCUUGGCCCAUCUUGCCCUCAUUUGGGUGAUUUUACUGCCCAUUCUAAGAGAAGGAACCACAAGGAUCACAAUCAGCACUGGUAUUUUCCUCUCAUGUUAAUGAGUUUGAGCUGCAGCUGUGCACAGUGUAUUUCUUGGAAGAUCAGUCAGGCUGGAUCCUUGUGGAUAAGCUCCUGGGGUAACCAGAGACUAACAGGAGCCCGCAAAUUAAAUUUUUAGGCUGUGAUUAUGUAUUGAGUACU